GGCACAAAUCAUUCAUAGGAGCUAAAAUACUAAAAUCUCAUUGAUAUUUUUGACACCCACACUAAAGUAUUUACAGAGAUCCGUAAACUGACAUCAAUGAAAUAAAGAAAUUAACUUUCACUAUGGAAUUAACCCUACUCCUGUCUUGCUUUAGCUCCACAAUAAUGAUACUAUUACUCGAGUAUCAUGACAAACGAACCAUCCUUGUUUAUCUAGUGUCAACUGUCAAGUUUUCUAUUUAUUUUUAUUUGUGACAUUCGUGUAGGGGGAAUAGUGAAUAGCGAAUAAUUUUUGUGUAUUUAUUUGUUGAUCUCAUCAUGUUUAUAAUAAUUAUCUAUGCAUCUUAAUACUUAAUAUCCCUCUCUUAUUAUGAUAUAAAAUAUUUACGGAAAUCUUUCCAAUUACCAAUAAACUCUAAAUAUAACCAUAUGGAAUUCAACUGUAAAUUUUAACGGUGCUUUAAAAAUGUUUUCAGCUAUUAAAAGAUUUACAAGUAAGGGCGAUGCACCUUUUAAUAAUGGCCCUACAUCCUCUCGCCCCAGUAGCCAUCAGGCUAUGUCUUCCUCUUUGCAAAAAAAGUUCGCAAGGGGUGUCCAAUAUAACAUGAAGAUAGUUAUAAAAGGGGACAGGAAUGUAGGAAAAACUUGCUUGUUCCAUAGACUACAAGGCAAAAAAUUUUUUGAAGAAUACAUUCCAACUGAUGAAAUUCAAGUAACUUCAAUACAGUGGAACUACAAAGCUACAGAUGACAUUGUCAAGGUGGAAGUAUGGGAUGUUGUUGAUAAAGGAAAAAAGAAAAAACACUUCGAAGGAUUGAAGUUGGAAAAUUCUCAGAUAGAGGUUGAAGAAGAACAUGCUUUAGAUGCUGAAUUUUUAGAUGUUUACAAAGGAACCAAUGGGGUUAUCAUGAUGUUGGAUUUAACAAAAAAUUGGACUUUUGAUUAUGUUCAACGUGAGCUGCCAAAAAUUCCUGGACACAUUCCUGUUAUAAUUUUAUCAAAUCAUUGUGAUAUGUCACACCAUAGAACUGUUACAGUGGAUCACAUUAAUUACUAUAUCGAGUCUGUUGCAGGUUCUCGGAGUGCCCAAGUUCGUCACUCAGAAUCUUCAAUGCUGAAUGGAUUCGGUUUAAAAAUUCUUCAUAAGUUCUUCAACCUACCGUUUCUGCAACUUCAAAAAGAAACGCUAUUAAAACAACUCGAAACAAAUGACACUGAGACUGAAGCCACCGUUCAAGAAUUGGACAUGUACUGUAAUUCUGAUGAAGCAAAUUACAGUAAAUUUUUGGAGAAUUUGGUUAAAAAACGGCGAGAAGUCGCUGAUUCGAACGCAAAUAUUCCACCACCACAAGUCAAACCACAAGGAAAUGUUGCUGGUAAUGAAAUGAAGAGGUCGCAAAGUGCUUCUAUAGUUAUAGGCGCUGGUAAACCAAUUCCUUAUGGAAAUACAGCUUUGACUGCCAAAAAACCACCGAUUGUUCCUCAAAUUUCGAAAAGUUCCAGCAUGAGUUCUGGUUUUGUGUCAAAAUGGGGCACAGAUACUAGGGUAGUUGAUGGAAUUCCUGAUGUGAAAAAUUUAGAAAUCAGUCCUAUAAAGUCCGUAGAAGAAUUUUGUCCCGAUAAUGGACACUUAGGAGGAUUUUUGGACGAUGUACAGAUUCCAUCUCAAAUUAAUAAUAAUAACGAGGAAGGUGACUCUGGAACCGACACGGAUACCGGCAACCCUCUGGUCUCGGAAUUUCAAGAAGAUUUCGAAGAAGAAAUAUCGAAACCUCACAAAUUCGUUAAAAAAGUUGAAUCGCCGUUUACUGCCCAGCUAAAAUUACCCAAAUCCGAUGAAAGCAAGGAAAAUGAAAUAGACAAAAGUUUGCCGGAAGAGUACGAUAUGAAACAAACGACUGAUGAAUUUGAUUCGACUAUAAACUCGGAAAUUUCAGAGCUAACAUCAGAUGCGUAUGACGCUUGGAUUGGAGUCGAUACAAAAUGGAGAAGAUCGCCAGAAGGAGGUGAAGAUAACUCGGUGGUUAGCCAAACUUUAGACUACAGUAAUAGCACCGUCUACGAUGAUAGUAACAGUGUAAAUUCUUCAAACGUGCACAUGGAAUUGUUGAGUUCUAGAACGAGUUUUCCAACAAAAUCCAGCGGCAACAGUGACGCAGAGGACGGUGGACAUUCUUCGAGUUCAGCCAAGAAAGAGAAAAAACCAAAAAACAAGACUGCGAAAAAGCACAAAAAGAAGGACAAAGACAAAGAAAAAGCCAAAGAUACCAAUAAGAAAUCUGAUAAGAAAAAUAAGAGGCAGUCUCGAGAUGAAGCUUACAAUUCGCACAAGGACGAAUUAGAAGAAUUUCUGAACGGUACUACUAGUCCACCCCUGGAAGCUGAUUACGAAGCUAUUUAGCGUAUACUGUCUUCCAUCAAAUAUAGAUAUGUACUGGAUGUUUAAAAAUGUAACGCUCUUUAUGGCCUUUUAACGUUUUAAAAGCAGCAAGUCUAAGUUUAUAUCGAAAGAUAAACAAAUCCCUUUUAAGGGAACUAUUUUUAUUUAUAACGCGUUGUGUCCAUGUUGGGUAUUUUCUGAUUUAAGUUCUGUACCGCGUGCCCACCCGUGAGCACUCUACAACUUUCACUUCAAGUCCUUGGUCACAUUUUAUAUGAAAUUUUUGUAUGUUAGUGGAUUGUGAGGACCCAAGGUACAAUAGAACCGUAUGUGGACUGAGCAGAAUCGAUAAAUUAUAAUGUAUGAGCUGUGAAGAAAUUUAAUUUUUUUAUUGGUUACAAAGAAAUCAUCGAUGUGAAAUGAAUAAAAAUAAAAGUUGAGUAAAUUACUGAAAUUAUAAAAUGUAAAGCUACUUAACUCUUACAA